AUGGAGUUGUGGGAUAGAACUAAUAUGCCACUAUGUGUGCCUCCUUCAUACUCCAAACAACCUGGAAGGCCAAGAAAGGCUAGAAGGAAGGAAGUAGGUGAAUGCAGCAACAAGGCCAAUGUUGUUACAAAAGUUCAAGACUCACUGAGGUGUGGCCAAUGUAGAAGAAAGGGCCACAAUAAAAGGACCUGUCAUAGGAAUCUCCCCCUAAAAACAAAAAUAAAAAAUUGGAAGGCUGAGAAAGGAAAAUGGAAGAGAAAGGCCACCAUUGCAGCUGGAAGUUCAAAUGCCCCACCAACUGAUUCAGCUACUCCAUCCUUAACACCUGCAAGUGGAUCUACCUUUCUUGCAACUGGAUAUGCCCAUCCUGCAUCAACUGAAGCUUCAACUGGCAAUUCUUAUUUAUUGAGGAAACGACCUAUGGUUGUGGGAGCAUCAUACUUGAGCAAGGAAUGA